UGUCAAAUGUAUCGCAUUGUCGCAUCAAUCAUAUAAUUGCAUAUUUAGUUUAACUGUAUUUAAUUUAAUUUAAUUUACCAGUGAAAAGUAGUAUUGUUUUUAAUAUUUUAAUUUCACUAAAUGCUCUAUAUAAGUGACGGCUGAAUUAUUUAGGUUUUCUCAUUACGAUACUAAUUAAAAAGUAUUAAGUUUGAAUACGACAUCAAACUAUUACUUUCUACGUAAACAAGUCGUGAUCGAUGUUCAGAAUAAAAAGUAUAAUUGUUUCGUACGCUUAAAUAACGAACAAUAUAAAAGAUGCUUAUGAAGCGAUUUACUCGAACAUUAUGGAACAACAGUUUACAAAUUGGCAAAAGAUAUCUGGCCUCUGAUCCAAGUAAACCAUUACCGGAUGAAUCAGAAAGAAUAGACACAGCACAGGAACUUGCAUUGGAUCGAGACAUCUGUUUGCUAGUGGAUGAAAAGGAUAAUUUUGUUGGGACAGCAACUAAACGAGAGUGCCAUAAAGUAGGACCCGAAGGUCAAGUGCCUUUGCAUAGAGCCUUUAGUGUAUUCUUUUUUAACCAAAGAGGUGAUAUGCUGUUACAAAGGCGAUCAAGUCAGAAGGUAACAUAUCCAGAUUAUUAUACAAAUGCAUGCUGCAGCCACCCCUUGUAUAUAGAUGGUAAAGCUGAAGAUAUUAUAACAGCUGCAAGACGAAGAAUGAACCAUGAACUUGGAGUACCAUUAGAUAAGAUGGACCCAGAAAUGUUUACCUACCUAACGCGUGUCCAUUACCAUGACCCCGGUGAUGGUGUAUGGGGUGAACAUGAGAUCGACCAUAUACUAUUCUUUCAAAGCGAUGUCAAAGUUAAACCUAAUUCUGAUGAGAUUUCUGAGUAUUGCUUCAUCCCCAAGAAUGAGUUUAAUGCUUUCAUCCCCACCCUGGAAGGCCCCUUGACGCCCUGGUUUAAUAUGAUUCGACGCCAUCGUCUUAAACUCUGGUGGGAUAACCUUCAUAGAAUCAAGGAACUUGCUGAACCGGAAAAAAUCCAAAAAUUCAUACAAGAAAAGUAAUAAUAUGUAAGGUUUUAUUGUUUCUUCCAUUAAGUCAAUUUUUUGUUUAAACAAAUAUGUCAGACUCCUCAAAUUCCUGACCAUUUAUUGAUGUUAACAUUUUUAUGUAGUGCAAUUUUCCUGAUUUAUUUUUUAAAUAAAUUCAAUUUCACCUAUACUUAUGUCGUUGCACAUGAAUGUCACCAACUAGAGGUCAAGGCUUAGCAAACAAAAACGAGAUCUGACAUUUUUCUUAAUUAUUAUUACACUUAUUGUUUCUUUGAGCUUUUAUGUGUACUGCUGUACAAUAAAUUGGUCAGUCUUUUAACCUUAAUAUUCACUACUUUCUUAUGAGUUGAAAUAUAUUAUAUUUUGUGUGUAUUCAAUAUUUUACAUUGCUAUAAGGGGAAGUCAUGACUUCAGAUCAGGACUAAUACAUCAAAAUUUUGUCGUAAGCUUUCGAUGAUAAAAAAUACCACAUAUCACUAGUCUGAAGUCAAUCCCUUAUAGAUUAUUUACCUUUAAUUUGAUUUGACAUUGUCUAUGAUUAUUGUAAAACGGUGCUUUGAAAUAAAAUAAAUAUAAUAAUGCA